AUGGUCGCGUUGGGCGGCAACAUUUUGGUGUGUGCGGCCGUGUUCUUCGACAGAAAGCUGAGGCGGCAACCGGAAAAUCUGUUUUUGGUAUCAUUGGCGGUCAGCGAUUUGUUAGUGUCGAUAUUGGUAAGUUUAUUUUUGCAACAAUUUUUUCAUUUUAUUUUUGAAAAAACAAGCUUUUUCUAACCGUAUUCGCAUUCAACUACCUACAACAACAUUUCCAGGUGAUGGUGUUCGCCGCAGCCAACGACAUCCUCGGCUACUGGCCCUUCGGUGAGGCCUAUUGCGAAUUCUGGAUAUGCUUCGACAUUGCCUCUUGCACAGCGUCGAUCCUCAACUUGUGCGCCAUCGCCUUUGACCGUUACUGCCAUAUCAGCCGACCCAUGAAGUACGCUCGAUAUUCGAGUAAACGACUGAUAAUUGCCGUCAUCGGCGUGGUCUGGAUAUUGUCGUCACUUAUUGGGGCAGCUCAAGUCAUUUUCGGAGAGGCGAGUGGCGCGGAGCACCAACAUGCGCAUCGGCCAAGACAUGCCGUGUUUGGCAAGGAUGGGUAUCAUAGACUGUAAGGAAAGAAAAGGCUUUCACUCUAUCGCAAAUUUGGAACACCUCUUUUCCGUAGCGUAUUUUACCAACCCUUAAACUUUCAGCCCCACAUGCCAGCUGCGGUUAUCGCCGCUCUACGCAAUAGUCUCAUCGAUCCUCAGCUUCUUCUUGCCCGCCACGAUCAUGGUGGUGCUCUACUUGAAGCUCUAUUUGUAUGCCCGAAUGCAUGUGCGCAGCAUUCGUUCGCAGCUCAAACAGGCAACCUCAUUAUUGAUUAUGCAGUUAGCUAGUGAACACAUACGCCAAGUUGUUGUAAGCUCUUUCCGUUUCCAAAGUAUCUUUCGUUAGUAUUUUAUAAGCUGCUAGGAAUAGAUCCAUAUAACGGCAAACGUUUUGCAUCAGCUGGAUUGGGAAGCGGGGCGGUGGAAAUAGAAAAAAGGGUGUAUAAAGUCCUAGAAGCUAACAUUCUGCUCAAUUUUCAAAUAUUCUACAGCCCCGUACCUCUCUCCAGGCCCCAGCCAAAUUCCACAAGCCUUUAGCUCCUUCUCCCUAUAAAUCUUUGCCUAGAAGAAUAGCUCGAACCCCAAAAAUAUUGAUAAUAAUUUUUGUCGUUGUCAGUGGCGGAGCCAUACCUUACUUUGGCGGGUCUCCUCUUUUCUGCAACAGGAGAGGGUAAGUCCCACUUGGCCGUGUCGGUGUCUAGUUUUAUCUCUCAAUUCGCCUUGUCGUGCAAAAUCCAGCCAUAUUCAUUGUGCUUCAUUCUUUACAUUUUUGCUGUCCAAACUUCCCAAAGGCACCUCUAACACUGAACCAAGUUUUAUCGGCCAAUUUUUUUUCGGUUUUGCCACUGAUAAUGACCACAAACUAAUAUUUUAACAAAAGGACUUUUGCACAGCCACCUAUCGCCUGUUUUAACGCUUAGUGUGAGCCAUAGAAAGAGAGUAGAAGGUGGAGUGUGUGAAGAGCGCUAAAAAAUGCUAAUUUCUUUUUUAAUUUUGCAUAAAAGAGUUAAAAACUUGGUACGGAUAUCCAGUAAGCUUGAUAAACACAGUGUUAAGUCCCAAAACACAGGUUACGUCCUAUAAAUCUCAUGAUUAGUACCCAUUUUCCGAGAUAUUACCUUUAUUGCCCUUUAGACCACCCCGUCGAAGUUAACUCGUCGUAAAUCUUCCGUUUCGUUAAAAAAUCCCCGAUGUUUUACUGUACCAGGUUUUUCUCGUCAACUGCCAGAAGCAUAACAAUACCUAAUGCUUUUCCUAUCCCUAUCGCCAAAUGCCGUUUAACAUCUGCCAGUUUUGAAAUGCUAGAGAGUUUUAACCAAGAAAAACCGCGUGAUGUCCCGUGUGUUCCACGUUGUAGUCACCGUUUUCUUGUAGGCCACACAUGCGGCCUUGGACUAUCAAGACGUCGGGUGCAACAACAAUUCGGCCGAAAGUUCGCCGAAUAAUAAUUCCGGGACGGCGAAUGGAACCGCCGCCAGUCCGAGGGCAGUCCAGCCCAAAUAUCAGAUGACGGCUGGGCAGCAGUAUCCAGGACAAAAUGUGGAGACAACCAUCGUAUGUCUAUGAAUAUCCGACUAUGAUUUUCUUUGAUUUUUCAGUUCCCAGACAUCCCGGAAGGCUGUAAACGGCCGAAUCCCAAAGCUCAGUCAGUCUCGGAUCAGAAAGCAAGGCAAGAAAAUCCACGUAUUUUAUAAAUUACUUAUACUUUCAGAUUGACCCUAGGAAUCAUUAUGGGAACCUUUUUGCUUUGCUGGUUGCCCUUCUUUGUAGUGAAUAUAUGGCGCUCACUUUUCCCAAAUUUCUUUCCAACUCAGGUUUUCCAGGUAAGUCUGUUAUUUCAAGUUCAUACCGUUGACCUUUUACCGUACUCUUGACAAAAAAAAUUAACUUCUUUCCGAACUUUUCUGAAAUUCUGGGCCGACAAGCAAACAGUAUUAACCCCUCCGGGUGUCAGGGAAAGUGAUCAUUCCCAAUCGAUAAAGCAGGCCGACUUUGACGGAAUCAGAAAUUUUCCACCUACUACAUAAGGCAUAUCGGCCAGACAAAGUACUUGGAAAAUGACUAAUUCAGUCAAAAUAGACCUGCUUUAUCAGUUCAGCAUGAUCACUUUCCUUGAAACCGGAGGAAAUUGGGACCAUCCCUUCGUAAAAUUAAAAAAAUCUUUAUACAGACCUUGUACUCACAACACCACCACUGUUGCCUUUCCUAUCACAACACCCUCUUUAUUUCAGGUAGUAACCUGGCUCGGCUACGCCAAUUCCACGGCCAACCCCAUCAUCUACGGUAUCUUCAACCGCGACUUCCGACGCGCCUUCAAACGCAUCGUGGUCAAGUUGCUGUACUGUUAUGAUGAUGUGCGGAAGCCGUCGCAUUUCUUCGGAACCUCGCAUGCGGAACAAACGCUUCCGUUGCACCGAUUUUCCAACUGA